AUGAGGGAACUGCGGCGGAAUGAGAAGGUUGGCUUUGAUGAUGUCGAGGGCCGCAUCUUCUACCAGCCUGAGAUAAAUGUCAAGAACAAGGCGGCCAUGCUGCAAAAGAUCCAGGCGUUAAAGGCUGAGGGCAAGAUCAUAGGUUUUCAGUCGUUUGAGGCUGAGAUCAAUGGGGAGGUCCUCUUCCCCAUAGAUCAGAGACUGACCGAAGUUCCAGAGGCAGAGGACGACCUCAUAGCAGCCGUGCAGGCAGCAGGGCUCAAACCCGCUCCACGCAAGGCCGUGCGGAGGCGAGAGAAGGCCGACCGCAAGAAGAAGGCUCGAAAACAGGCCAAGCUGCGCUCCGUCACCAACGUCCACCUGAUGCACCUGCUGGACGGGGACGCCCCAGUUACCAUAGACUGA